AGGGCUUACGCGGACUCGGAACGGAACGCACGGUUUUGAAUUUCGAAAACGUUUCGCCGCGCCUUUUUGUUUUUUUUUUCUGUGCAUGCCAGUGAUACGCUACUGAUUUAUAAAUAAGUUUGAAUUUAUAAUUUCGAGUGUUUUUAAGAACUUUUUGACUUACGUGGACUCUAAAAAGUUUUGAUUAACUUUGUUAGUGGCGAUAAUGACUUUAUCGAGUUGAAUAAUGGUAAUUUAUGCAAACUUUGAGGUUGCGUAAUUUUCAAUAAGUUGCAGAUAUUUUAAUCUCCUAGAUAUUGACACCGCCACCCAGAUGCCGCAUACAGGGCAAGCAGGCGUGAACCAAUUAGGGGGCGUCUUCGUGAACGGGCGCCCCCUGCCCGACGUGGUCCGUAAAAGGAUAGUAGAACUGGCCAUCAUGGGGGUGCGGCCGUGUGACAUCAGCAGACAGCUGCUCGUCUCCCAUGGCUGCGUCUCCAAGAUCUUGACGAGGUUCUACGAGACUGGUUACCUUUAUUUCGCCUUGCUGGCCAUCAUGGGGGUGCGGCCGUGUGACAUCAGCAGACAGCUGCUGGUCUCACACGGCUGUGUCUCCAAGAUCCUGACGAGGUUCUACGAGACCGGGUCGUAUAGACCUGGGUCUAUUGGCGGGAGUAAGACUAAGCAAGUGGCGACCCCUACCGUCGUGAAGAAGAUCCUGCGCCUCAAACAAGAGAACCCUGGAAUGUUCGCUUGGGAGAUCCGAGAGAGGCUGCUCAGUGCGAGAGUGUGUGAACCCCACUCCAUACCCUCGGUGUCUUCGGUCAACAGGAUUUUGAGGAACAGUGGCCUGGCGUGGAGCGACGAUGACACUAGAGCUGGCCAUGGUAGGUGUUCUUUUGUUUUGGUCUUUAUGGUGUCUGCUACAGAGUCCACGAUCCUCAGUGCGAGAGUGUGUGAACCCCACUCCAUACCCUCGGUGUCUGCGGUCAACAGGAUUUUGAGGAACAGCGGCCUUGCGUGGAGCGACGAUGACACCAGAGCUGGACAUGAAUCGUACCCGCAGCCAGAGCUGCCUCCUAACGUGAUGGACUACAUGUCUCUGAAGACGAGCUUGCCUCCCACAUCCGUUCCACAAAGCCCCUCCUACUUCGCACAUUCCGCUAUAAGAGUCCCUCCUCCCCAAGCAGACCCUCUCUACGAAAGGCGGCUCACAACCUCCUGGCUCCUCGCCAACCAAGUCCAAGCCCAGGGCCUCCUCAAACCGUACCCCAUCUCGCCGUGGCAGCGAAUCAUGAUGCCAUACCCUGACGCCAAGAACUUUCCUCCUUACAUCAGCCUACACAACGAUCUCCUCAGAAUGAACUCCGACGAAGUGAAGUCAGAGAAUUCCGAACACAUAUCUGUAGAAGCCAGCGAUGAUAGCACCGAUCGACCUGAUGAUGAACGAAAGACUCCAACUGAAAAAGAGAAGAAGAAAAACCCAUACUCCAUUGAAGAACUCUUGAAGAAGCCCGAGAAAAUGGUCAAUUCCAGUCCGAUGCCGUUUCUAAGGCAGCCUAGUGGAAGCAUGAUCGACUACCAGAGUCAGGAGAAAGAGCAUAACUUGAGUAACAGGAGUUCUCCCGCCAGUUACUGCUCGGUACAAAGCGGGACUUCCAAUGACUUUGCUGAAUCGGUCACGUCUGAGAUAAAAGCAGGGCAUUGAAGAUGUAAUUAGAGGCAAAGGCUUCUAAUUUUCUAAUCCGGGCUUUUUCAAGGCGAAAGUGAAUAGGCACUUACAGGGCAGAUAUGUACCAUCCUAGACUGCAUCUCACUUAACACCAGGUGCGAUUGCGGUCCAAUACCUGCCUUGUUAUGCAUAAAAAAAUCUAGGUACAGGAUACUGUGUACCGCUCCUAAAAAGAUUAAGGUUGGAUCAGUCUCUUUACCUUAGGACGAAAGCAAGGAAGAGAAAAUUUCCCAAGGCGUGCGCAAGUAGGCAAUCUAUCUGGUGUAUUUUUAUUAAAAUCUCAGUGAUUUGAUAUCUGUAAGUAGGUAGUUACAACUGCCUUUCCGGAUAAAGGUCAUAAGCAGAAUUAUCAACUCGGAAAGGGAUCAACGCCGUAUCGCCUUUUGCGAGGCGAAGUGUUUACGUGACGGACCGGAUAAAGUGUGCGUUGCAGUACGGAGUUUCAUACAAAGAAUACUGACCGCCUCGAGUUGAUACGGUUACGAUCUGUUUCCGAGUUAAUGAUUGUGCUUCGUCCUUAACUGCCUUGAUUGUCUAUGUUGUACGGGCUAGUUUGGGUGAAAAGUGUCCCAACUUAGCGAGGGCAAUAUUUUUUUAACUUUUAUAUUUUUUUGCCUAAACUACACUUUCUGCUAUUUGUUACAAAAAGUAUGUAAUCAACUUUAACUGAAGCGUGUGUUGGAUCUACGUAGGUAAAAUUUAAUAGUGUCAAUGGAUAUGGAUAGGAUUAUUUGUAUAUUACGUAGGUACUAUGUCGCCAUAUUAUAGUUAAUAAAUAAAUACGUAAUCAUGUAUGUAGACAGGUAUGUUUGGUGUCCAUAAUAAUUUAAAGUUAGUGUAAGUACCUACAAAUAAUUCACUUUAGUGAUAAUAAAUUAUUUUUACUUAAAUUAUUAUUAUUAUUAUAAGGUCUAGGUUAUCUGUAAAUAUGUUAAUAUUAGAUCAGUUAGCUAAAACUAGUUCUGUGGGAGGGUUUGAGUAGUUAUGAUACUGUGAUAUUCUUGUGUAAUAUAAAAAUCUAUUAAUAGUAGCCAUACUUAAUUUAAGUCCUUAAAAAAUCUUGUAAAUGAUUGUAAAAUUAAAUUAAAUGUAAGUAGAAUAUGUACUUAUUUUGUGCUGUCUCUCUUUCAUUGGAUCAGAUGUUAAUAAAACAUUAUGUAUGU